UACAAAUCACUCACUAUGUCCGGAUACAAGGCCAACACUGACGAGCCCAACAAGACCACGGGCCAGUACCACUCGCUCAAGGGCACGGCCGUCGAGACGAUCGGCGACCUGACCGGCGCCCAGUCCUGGAAGCAGUCCGGGCGGGAAGAGCACGUCGAGGGCGAGGCCGAGUACGACGCCGCCCAGGCGAAGAACUACGUCGAGGGCACCGUCGACCGCGUCGCGGGCAAGGUGGACACCGUCGUCGGUGCCGUCACGGGCGACAGGCAGCAGGAGAUGUCUGGCAAUGUGCGCCAUGACAAGGGCCAGACACAGCAGGAGCUGAACAAGCCCGCUGGUUUCUGAGUCUAAUCCGGAUGUAAUUGCGAGGAUGUACGACAGGAUGUAUCAUAGACCUCAGGUCAUGUAUCGAUAUACC